GCAAAUCAGGUGUAUGCCAUCAAGGCACUUACUAAAUUGAUGUCUACCUAUGGGACACCUCAAGUUAUCGAGAGUGACCAAGGGACUCAUUUUACUGGUGCAAUGAUACAGCGCUGGUGUAGUGUAUUAGGCGAAAUCAGACCCUCGGGAUGUAACGUGAUAGGCCCUCCCCUGCUUGGUCAUGCAUAUGUAAAAAAGGUAUAGAUGAAACAGGAUACCUAUAUAAGGGACCCUCACAUUCCAAUAAACGCCAUUUGCCAUGUGCUCUCUUGUCACUGUCUCGGCAUUUGGCCCAGCCGCGGAUAGUCAGGGAUGAACACGGGACAACUCAGAACUACAAUUGGUGACCCCUCCGUGCCCUGGCUGUGGCUGCUUUUAUACGGCUUGUUCCUGCUGCGAGCGACACACUUUCUUCUUUUCGUCGCGGAGUAGACAGAAGCCCGGUUGGUGGGGGAGCGGCCGUACCCCUCCAUUGUUGGGACACUUACGCCGGAUACUGACUGCGGGUCAGUGGCGCUAUGGAAGCCGUGGUUAAGGAUUUGCCAAUUGGAUGCCCGAAGAGAUUGGAGAACCCAGAACAAAAGAAGCACAGGAAGACGCUCCUGUUGAUACCAAAGAAGAAGAAGGGACGUGAAUCCCCUGACAAAGAAUCUUUGCUGCCUACGAGAAUUACUGUGUUGACAUUUAUAUACCUCAUGUGUUUAUUGUGGUCACCAGUGGGGGGCAUUCACCUGCUUAAACAGCCAGGAAACCUUUGGGUUACAUGGGCUAAUCAGACGGGGAAUAUGCAUUUUUGCCUUACUUUACAAUCGACUGCCUCACCCUUUCAAGCGUGCCUUAUUGGGAUUGACACUUGGGACACCAAUAGCUUGCAGUGGCUGAGCCCUAGAUGCUUAACAAGGGCAUACAGUCCACUGAAUCCAUUGAAUGGGUCCUGGGUUCCACCAGCAACAACUUUCAAUGUUAGCAGACCGGAUGGAUCGGUUAGAGAGGUAUAUUGCAGGAAUUAUUCCAGGUACAAUGGCUGUGUCGUUGCCUCUUUUCCCAAAGGCUCAGGCAUAUAUGCGAUUUCCGUCUGGAAUAAUAAUACCGCUAAAGCCUUACCCCCAGGAAUUUUCCUUGUCUGUGGGGAUCGCGCUUGGCAAGGGAUUCCAAGAAAUGCAAUAGGGGAACCCUGUUAUCUAGGAAGUUUAACUAUUUUAUCACCCAACAUUACGGAGGUAUAUAAGGCACUCAAUCACACUUGACCUAAGAGAGGAAUUCACGCCUUGGAUUCCGAAUGUGGCGAUGAUGCUAAAUUGUGGGGACCCAUGGCAAGGAUCUUUGCUUCGUUCCUUGCCCCUGGGGUAGCGGCUGCACAUGCUUUGAAGGAAAUUGAAAGAUUGGCUUGUUGGACUGCAAAACAGGCUAAUGUUACUUCUCAACUUCUUUCGGACCUGCUUGUAGACGUAAGCGGCAUUAGACAUGCUGUACUUCAGAACAGAGCAGCUAUAGAUUUCUUGCUUCUGGCCCAAGGGCAUGGUUGUCAAGAUGUCGAAGGGAUGUGUUGUUUUAACCUGAGUGAUCAUAGUGAAUCAAUGCAUAAGCAGUUAGCUUGGUUGCAAGAUCAUACCAAGAAGAUUGGCAUCCAGGAUGAUCCAUUUGGGAACUGGCUGGGUAGUAUAUUUGGAUCAUUCAGUGCCUCCAAGGAUGCAUCAGACGGAUGGUGACAGGAAUCUUCGAAGAGAAACGUGAGCAAGAACGAAUGUAUGAGAGGCUCUAAAGAAGCAUGAAGAGUAAAAGCGAUCGGGUUGUCACGGGUUAAGCUACUCUAUCAUAGGGAGGGGGAAAUGUAGUGUAUUAGGCGAAAUCGGACCCUCGGGAUGUAACGUGAUAGGCCAUGCAUAUGUAAAAAAGGUAUAGAUGAAACAGGAUACCUAUAUAAGGGACCCUCACAUUCCAAUAAACGCCAUUUGCCAUGUGCUCUCUUGUCACUGUCUCGGCAUUUGGCCCAGCCGCGGAUAGUCAGGGAUGAACACGGGACAAUUCAGAACUACACGCUGGGCAGAAGAAAACAACAUUGAAUGGUGAUUCCACCUACCAUAUAAUCCAACAGGGGCAGGCCUUAUUGAAUGUUACAAUGGUAUCCUCAAGACUGCCCUGAAGACAGACUCCCAGUCCCUGCAGGGGUGGACAAAAAGACUAUACGAAACCCUGCGGGACCUGAAUGAAAGACCUCGAGAUGGCAGACCCAGUGCCCUAAAAAUGCUGCAGACUAUAUGGGCCUCCCGUCUUAGGAUCCAAAUUACGGGUACUGAUAAUCAGGUAAAACCGCAAGUUGGUAAUGAAAAUAA